AUGAUUUUCCCCAGGAGCGUCUUCACAAUCCUAACAGCCGUCGCGGCCAUCUCGGGGGUAAAUGCUUCUCCCUGCAAAGCCACGACGACUUCAGCACCGGCCCAGGAGACACCAGAGACAACCUCAGCCCCGUCCACAACGACCACAACGUCCACAACGUCCACAACGACCACCCAAGAAAUCCAGGUUACAGAGAGAUUUUUCCAGCCCAGGAACGCACGCCGCGACGGGGAAGACGAGUUUAGUGAGCCCGACUGGUCUUUGAGCGACGGCGCUACCAUCGAGGAGGAUGCUGAGAUUGCCCACUCUGGAGACCACUACGUACUGGUACGGAUUGAGGACGACGAGGAGAUGCCCUCAAUCGAGGAAAACUUCACCCAAGAGAUCGAAACUGCCGAACCAGGCGUCCUCUCGUACUCAUGGGCGCUCGCGGACAACCAGGACUUGGGCAAGGACGGUGUUUGCUCCAUCGUCUCCAAGUUGGAUGGCAUCGUCGUCGACACGCUCGAGUUCAACGGCAGCCCUGCCAACCAGUACCAGGAUCACGAAGCCAUCGUUUCGUUUCACUCUCCGAAGCCGGUUUUCUCCAUGGACUUCUUCUGUUCUGGAGGCGAUUUCUCGCGCGUGGGUGUGCUCAUCGACGAUGUGAGCUUGACUGCGGUUCCUCUGAAUCAGGAGUUACGUCGAUGA